AUGUCCGUUCCCGCCGGCGCCAACGACCUUGUCUUGGUCUACGAACCCACUGCCCCUGGUGUUGUCCUUCAUGAUGCUGUGGGGAGACCUUUCACGGUCAACAGCCAAGGUCGCGUCGUCUACCAGAACGGACCAGCCCAGCCGCCCAACGACCUCCGAGUCCCGCUGUUUCCCGUUCAGCCCCCUCGAUACUCGCCGGGACCCCCUCCAGGCUACAUCCGGGCUUACUUUCCGGAAUGUCCCAAGCUAUGGCAGAACAGGCGCGAGAAUCUCCCCUGUCUGAUCUGGGAACCUUAUGACGGCACUCGAAUUAUGUUAAGGUGGAACGAUAAUCUUGGGCUGCUUCAGUUCCCGCCGGGAUUGCAUGCUCGUAAUUUGUCCCUGCCCGACUUCAUGUCUCCCGCAAGGAGGCCUUUCGAAUACCCUCUGCUGGCGUAUUGCAACGAGCCAUACACCCAAUGGCUCUGUCACGAGAUCAUCAUGAUGGCCAUUGACGAUGCGCGGGAAUACAUCUUGGCUACCGUCAAUUACGAGACGCUUCGGUGGGAGGACAUGCGAGAAAUCUACUGGUUCGGGCAGGGAUUGUUUCUACAUAUGCAGUACCGCCAACUCUGCAAAGAACAUACUCCCCAGUCUUGGUCAGCGGUGGCCGCGGCGUUGUACCGCAUCCACAUUUUGCGACCUCGACUCCGACGACUCGGAUAUUCGACUGAGCAAGUGGAAGCUCGCGUUCCCGCCGCCGCCGACAUGUCCGUUUGGACGGUCUUCAUGGAGGAAGUCAGACUGGCUCGUUUGAGGUGUACUUGCAUCCAUAACGGACGCAUGGGCCCGUUGAGCUAG